UGUUCGUCACCGGGUGAACGUGCUUAGAAUAUUACUUGGGAUAAAAACGAUUCAAUAAUUUGUUGUUAGUGAAAAGUUAAUACUUUAUAAUGUGUUAUUGUGUUUUAUAAUCGUAGUUUUGCCAUCAAAAAGUUGCUGUUCAUCGUAAAAGCAGAUUAAAGCUGAUAGGUGUGGUUUCUGAACGAAGACAUUGUAUUUGAGCAACCAUGUCGCUCUGGGCCAGAGCUCAGCAGCUUCCUCCGGACAGCUUGCAGAAGGUGCGUGCAAUAUACGGAGAGCACUUCCCUAUAGAGGUGCGACACUGUCUGGCACCAUGGAUAGAGAGUCGUAUUUGGACCCAGGAGACGGAUGAGAACCAGCGCUUCUUCCUAGAGGAGCUGCUCCAAGAGAUCCAGACCCACGCCGACCUGAUGAUGUCUCCGGACACCUUCCUCACCAAGAUGAAGUUGCUGGAGGCCGCCAAGAAUUUCCACCUGCACUACACCCACGCCCCCCACGAGUUGUACCUGUACAUGCGUCGGUGUCUGGCCAUGGAGAUGGAGGUGAUCCAGAGCGCAGGCGCGGUCUAUGGCGCCGUGCCGCACACAGAGAGGAAGUAUAGCGAGCUGAUCACAGGGCUACAGUCAGUGCGCCAGAAGGUCAACAUGGUGAGCGAGGACAUACGCACGCUGCAGUCCAACAUCGAGUCAUUCUCGCUACAGUACCACGAGUGCUUGAAGAAUAAGGGCCACAUCAACUACCUCCAGCAGACGGGGCAGAUGACCAACGAGCGCCGCGAGCUGGAGGCGUGUCUGCGAGUCCAGAUCGAGGACAUGGAGAGGAAGCUCAAUGCCCUGGUUGCUCAGAUCAACCAGUCACAGAUGCAGCUGGUUGACCACAUGAAAGAGAACAUAGCCAACCUGGGACAGCUGCAGUCGCAGGUGUUGGACGAGGAGUUGAUCAAAUGGAAGCGCGAACAGCAGCUGAGCGGCAACGGCGUGCCGAUGCAAUCGAACCUCAACACUAUCCAGGAGUGGUGCGAGUUGCUCGCAGACCUCAUUUGGACCUCCAGGCAGCAGGUGAACAACGUGGCUCGUAUCAACAGCAAGACCAUAGUGGAGCUGCGGCAGCCACAUCUGGCCGAGAUGCUGGAUGAGAUGAGCAAACAGGUUACAAGCCUGCUGUCUACCCUGGUAACGUCGACGUUCGUGAUCGAGAAGCAACCGCCGCAAGUUAUGAAGACCAACACACGGUUUACUGCAACUGUCCGCUUGUUGGUUGGUGGUCAACUCAAUGUGUACAUGACUCCACCACGAGUUAGCGUGGUAAUAAUAUCGGAGCAACAAGCUCAACUGCUGCUGAAGAGCGAGACGGCUGCCGGGCGUGGUAAGCAGCCGGUGGAGUGUGGGGACAUCCUGAACAACACAGGCACCAUGGAGUACCAGCCCACCAGCCGCCAGCUCAGCGUCAGCUUCAGAAACAUGCAACUGCGCAAGAUCAAGCGAGCGGAGAAGAAAGGCACGGAGAGCGUGAUGGAUGAGAAGCUGACCUUGUUGUUCCAGUCAGAGUUCAACGUCGGCGGCGGGGAGCUCGUCUUCCAGGUGUGGACCCUCUCGCUGCCGGUGGUGGUGAUCGUGCACGGCAACCAGGAGCCCCACGGCUGGGCCACCGUCACCUGGGACAACGCCUUCAGCCCGCAGGGGCGUGUGCCCUUCCAGGUGCCCGACAAGGUGACGUGGCUGCAGCUGGCGGAAACUCUCCGCAUCAAGUUCUGCUCGCAGACCGGCGGUGACCUCACCGAGGACAACCUGCGCUUCCUGGCCGAGAAGAUAUUUAGUAUAUCUGUCCACAGGACCAGUCUGCCGAUCAACGCGAUGGAACUGAACGCGAUGACGGUCAGCUGGACGCAGUUCUGCAAGGACGCCCUGCCCGAACGCACCUUCACCUUCUGGGAGUGGUUCUACAUGGUGGUGAAGGUGACCCGUGACUACCUGCGGCAGCUCUGGUGCGACAGGUUGAUAAUGGGCUUCAUCCAGAAGAAGCAAGCCGAGGAGAUGUUGUCCAAGUGUCCGCCAGGCACCUUCCUGCUGCGGUUCUCCGACUCUGAACUUGGUGGCAUCACCAUCGCUUGGACUGGCGAGGGCAACGAGGUGUUCAGCCUGCAGCCAUUCACCUCCCGCGACCUGACGCUGCGCUCGCUGGCUGACCGCGUGCUGGACCUGCAGCAGCUGCAGUUCCUCUACCCCAACACUAGUAAGGACGAUGUCUUCGGCAAGUACUACACCAAGCCAGAGAACGAGGUGCUGAAGAACGGCUACGUGCGGCCCGGGCUGGUGACCACGCUGCCGUCCUACAUCUCGCCCUCGCCAGCCUACAGCGCGCACUCGCCGGACUCCCACCGCAACACGCCCUCUGUACAGAGCAGGUACAUGAUUGAUUUCUAGUGUUUCGGAUCCGAGCAAGUCUUUUUGUUAAUUUUAGUUUUUAAUUUUAAGUUUUUUUUUAGUUUUUAAUUUUAAGUUUUUUUUUAAUAGUCACAUCCUGAUUAUUUUUCAUACACGGUGUUAGUGACAUCGUAACGAAAACUUUGAGGGGUGAUUCAGAACAUGAUUAUCAGUUUUUGAUAUCAAGUGGAAUUUUCCGUCGCAAAAGUAUAGAAUUUAACAUAACAUAACAAACAUAACAAAUACUUUAUUGCACAAACAGGAAAAAACAUAAUACAAAAGAGAAAUAGACCGAGAAGGACUUACGAUGACCAAAUUGGAGAUGUCCAUAGAAAAGGUUCAAUACGAUCUACUCUGAACCGGCGUGCGUGUAUGAAGCGAUUGAUGAAUGUGGAGGAAGCAAGAGAAGUGUGUCAGGAUCGAAGCAAGUGGAAUUCUAUAGUCUCUGCUUACCCCGGUGGGAAAUAGGCGUGAGUUUAUGUAUGUGUAUGUAUGUAAGUAAGAGAAAUAGAAUUUAAAAUAAUAAUAAAAUAAUAAUUUAAAAUAAUUAAAAAGAAAAACAAAAAAAUAAUGAAUUUUGCGGCGGAAAAUUCCAUUUGAUAUCAAAUCAGAAUCACGGUUGAAUCAUCCCCCUCAGUAUUCGUUACGGUGUCACUAACACCCUUGUAUUCGUUUUUUUAUAUUCUGAUCUAGUUUAAGUGCCUUAUUUAGUAAUUUGUGCUUCCUUCUAUUACUAUUAAUUGUCUUUAUAAACUCAACUCUGACUAAGUGAUGAACUCCACAACAUUAUUGACUAGAGAAAGUACAGGCUAAUAUCAUAAUUAGGGGGUGCAAUCCCGACUCGAGAUCCCGUAGGAAUCCCGAAAUUAAAAAAAAAAAAAUUCGACUGCAGGAAUCGGGGUCGUAAUUUGUCUUUGACUCAAUCAAGUAUAGGUGUACCAGAAUCUCAUGGCAAAUGGGGAAAUCAAAUUUCUAUAGUAAGCAACACUCGGGUAAUUGGAUGAAAACGUCUUGAUACUUUUUAUUUUUUACAUAUUGACGGAUAAUAAUGGACAUUAUAUAAAGUACUUAUACAAUCGUUUCGUGCAACUGUUUAUCCUUAUAGAACAUAGAACAUACGCAAUUUUUUUAUCCCGGGAAAAUAAUUGCGGGAUUUCUGAAUAGAUUCCAACAGUUGCUUGAAUCGAUAGAUGUCGCUAGCGAAGCAGCGAGAAAAAUCUAGCUAGUGUAGGUAGGUAAAUAUGAAAAACAAUAUAUUUAUGAAUUUGUAAUAUUUUCAUUACAGUUGGAUUUUGUUUCGCACAGAAUAAAAUUACAUAAUUUCCAAAUCAAAACUGUCCAGGUUAUUUUUUUCUUUCCACCUCACAAAGUACUAAGACUAGUUAGUCCUACUUACGGGUCUUGUACUUUGAGGUGACAGUUUAACAUUACCAUAGGAAAAUCAUUAUUUUUUUACUUUUUUUAUGCCAUCAGAUUCUGGUACACCUAUACCGUAUUUGUCAACCACUUUAUUCUAGAAUACGGAAAAUCAACUGCAUUUUGAAAUGUGUGUUUAAUUCUUUUAGCUGUGGCCCAACCAUUCUUCAGCUUUAAGCCGGAAGAGAUAUCUUCAUAAGAAAAGAAAAUUAUAAUUAUAAUAUGCAAAUCGUCAAAAAUCGAAUGCGAAAAAGAAAUUAACCAAAAAUUUUUAUUGUUUACGAAAAAUCAGUAUUAUAAUGUUUUGUACAUAAAAUGAUUGGCUGAAUUUUUAUAUAUCAUUAUUAUAUUUGACUUAAUUUUUAAAAGUUUAGUUAUAAGUUCCUUUUUUAUUAUUAUAAGCGUUAAAACAGUAUUUUUUAUUAAUAGAUAGAUGUGUGUACGGAAAUAUAUGAAAGCAAGUUUUUUUAUAAAGACUUGUCUUGCCUAUGCUAAGUUACGGGAAGAGUUACGAUUAAGACGAAUUACUAAUAGGACGCGCUAUGGAUAGGACGCGUUACGAAUAGGAUGAGUUACGAAUGGGACGUGUUACUAAUGAGACGUAUUACGAUUAUGAUAGGCUCUAAUGUGGCUAGCAAAACCGAACUUCGAUUUGAAGGUUCGGCCACAUGGCGCACAGAAUAACUGGCCAGCAGAAUUAAAUGUAUAACAUCGACCUGGGAUAGACAUUUAGGAGUCGCCGUCGCCGGACACGGCUUGGAUGAGGAUGAUGAUGAUGAUUACGAUUAGGGCGCGUUACGAUUGGGACGAGUUACGAAUAGGACGAGUUACAAUUAGAACGAAUUACUAAUAGGACGCGUUACGAAUGUGACGAGUUAAGAAUAGAACGAGUUACGAAUGGUUUGAGUUACGAAUAAGACGAGUUACGAAUAGGACGUGUUCCGAAUGUUCCCACUUUGGGAACAUUCCCUGGGACGGCACAUCCAUUGGUGAUGAAUUGCGAGUGUCAAAACGUACAGUCAUGAGCAAUAUAAUGUACCCACUUUAGGACUCUGUCGCACUAACAUAUUUGACAUUUAGUGAGACUUACAGUUCAAGUUGUCAAAAAAGUUAAUGUGACAUGGUACCAAAGUGUAUACAUAUUAAUG